AUGCUUGACCCAGUAGCGGUGCUGCUCCACGCACUGGUGGUUCUAGUUCAUAGUACUCUCUUCAUGUUUCUGACUGCAAAGUUCACCAAGUGGAGCGCAGGAUGGAACAUGGGUUUGGUUGUUUCGGUCUUAGAAGAAGACGCUGAAGAUGGUCAAGGCAUCUAUGGAAGCGAUGCUUUGUCUCUUUCAGCUUGGUAUCGAAAAGGGCUUGAGAAGCGUGACGUAUGGAUGAUGUUGAUGUUCUUGGUGUUCGCUCUUGCGAUGAGGAUGCCAUGUUUAUACUCCAAAUGCAGUGAGAGUUGGAGUGGAAAUGGAGUGUUGUACACUGGUCUAUAUGUUGGUUUGAUUUGUGUUGGGAAUGUGCUUAAAUGGGUGGCUUGUGUUGUUUGUUACCAUACCAUGAUUGUAAGACUAGGUUUUUGA